AUGCAAUUAUUGCCUAGUGAUGAUGAUGAUGAUCGGAAGGAACAGAUCUUACUCGAAGAAUCAACAUCCUCGAACGAAAUCGUAGCUGCGGAAAGAGGCGAUCGUAUCGUGGAGGAAGGAGAAGUUUCUGAAAUAGCUGAGAGUGAUGACGACGACGACGACGACGAAACUACACAUCUUGUUGCUGGAGGAGAUCAACCACAAUGUCGAAUUUGCCUUGAUGUUGGAGGGGAAGAUCUGAUUGGUCCGUGCAAUUGUAAGGGUACUCAGAAGUACGUGCACAGAUCUUGUCUUGAUAAUUGGCGCUCCACUAAGGAAGGUUUUGCAUUUUCGCAUUGUACAGAGUGUAGAGCCGUCUUCAAACUCCGAGCCAAUGUGCCUCCUGAUAGAUGGUGGUUGAGAUUGAGAUUUCAGCUGCUGGUUGCUAGAGAUCAUGCCUUCAUCUUCAUCACUGUCCAGAUGGUACUAUCAUUGGGUCGGGAUGAAGAGGGAUGUAGCUGGGUUGCGAAGUGCAACACUUGUGCCUUGGUGAAGGCAGAGCAUCAGGUUCCGGGUGGUCUUUUGCAGAGUUUACCCAUUCCAGAGUGGAAGUGGGACAGGAUUACGAUGGAUUUCGUGGUUGGACUACCUUUCGAGGACUUUCGAUGCUAUUGGGUGAUUGUGGAUCGGUUGACUAAGUCCGCACAUUUCUUGGCCAUCAAGAAGACAGAUGGAGCUGCUGUUUUGGCUAGGAAGUUUGUGCGAGAGAUUGUGAGGCUGCAUGGAGUGCCAGCUAGUAUUGUGUCAGACCGUGAUCCCAGAUUCACUUCAGAGUUUUGGAGAGCUUUUCAGGCAGAGAUGGGCACUAAGGUGCAUUUGAGUACAGCUUAUCAUCCGCAGACAGAUGCUUUCAGGCGAGUAUUGGCAUGGCUCCAUUGA